CUCGAGUAACGUAGCAUAUCAAUUCCUAUUACGGCCGAAUCUCCCCUUCGCCACCAGAACUGACUCUUCAUUUCUUCUAGUCAAAAGUUUUAAAACCCACACUCUAAAAUAAAAAAUUAAGACCUCCUCAUUCCCAAAUUUCCUUUCGAUCUCCUCCAAGAAUUCUACAAUGGCGGAAACCCUGCAAACAAAUGGAGGAGGAAUUUGGGACACUGUUCUCGAACUUACCAAAUUAGCUCAAGAUAAGAACACUAAUCCAAUGGUUUGGGCGAUUCAACUCGGUUCCAUCCUCAACUCGGCUGGGUUGACUCUACCUUCCGUUGAGCUCUCUCAUCUGUUGGUUUCUCAUAUUUGCUGGAAUAACAAUUUUCCAAUUACAUGGAAGUUUCUGGAAAAAGCUUUGGCUCUUAAGUUUGUUCCUCCUAUGCUUGUUCUUGCUUUGCUUUCUACUAGGGUGAUUUCAAGUCGACGUGUUCAUCCUGCCGCCUAUAGACUCUAUAUGGAACUACUUAAAAGAUAUGGCUCUUCAUUUGCAUCUCAACUGCAUGAAUCAAACCAUGAGAAAAUCUUGAAAGCCAUAGAUGAUGCUCUACAUCUUUCAGAUCUCUAUGGGAUUCAAGCUUCUGGUCCUGCUGUUCUUUCAGUGCUUUUUGUAUUUUCCAACGUGUGGCAAUUAGUUGAUGCAUCUUUGGAUGAUGAAGGGUUGCUGGAAUACAGUCCAGAGAAGAUUUCUAGAUGGCUGACUGGGAUACAGGAUAUGGAUAUUGUUAAUCAUGGCCGCUUUCUGGAAAACAAAAUAGAAUUCCAAGAGGGAGUACUGAAGAGAAAUACCUUGAUGGCUGUUGAGAUGAUAGUAGAAUCUUUGCAGAGUAAAGUAACGUCACAGAUUCUUUUUUUGGUGCGUCAAAAUAUGCCCUCACAUUGGAGUGAUUUCUACCAACAUCUACAACUACUUGCUUCAAAAUCAUCGGCCUUAAGGAGUUCCAAGCUCACAACUCCAGAAAUAUUUGCGCAGAUGGCAUCUGAUACAAGCAAGCAUCUUCAUUGGCAAAGCAAGACAAGCCUCCAGCACCAGUUUCAUGCAGUAAUGGCCCCUGGAUGCUUUUUACCGUCCUCUAUUCAAUGCCAUGGUGCUAGUAACUCUUCUCUGUGGCUCCCAAUUGACCUGUUUUUAGAAGAUGCUAUGGAAGGAAUUGUAGUGACUCCAACAUGUGCCAUUGAUACACUUACUAGUAUGGUCAAAUCACUUCAGGCACUUUACAGCACCACAUGGCAUGACACCUUCCUAGGCUUAUGGAUUGCAAUCCUACGCCUUGUUCAAAGGGAGAAAAAUCCCUGUGAUGGCCCUGUAGCUCGUCUUGACUCUUGCUUGUGCAUGUUAUUAUCCAUUACACCUCUUGUGCUUCUUAACCUUAUUGACGAAGAUAUUAAGGGGUCUGAGUUUAGUCAAAGGGAGGAUAAACAGGCUUCUAGUAGUCGUCGCCAUGAGUUGGUUUCCUGUUUGCAGCAGUUAGGUGAGUAUGAAGGCUUGUUGACUCCUCCACCAUCUGUUGCUUCAAUUGCAAAUCAGGCUGCUAUCACAGCUAUAAUGUAUCUUUCGGGACUCAAUAUUAACAGUGGAUACCUUGAUUCUGUCAGCGUCAGUGAUGUACCAAUUAACUGUGCUGGGAAUUUGCGCCAUCUAAUUGUCGAGGCUUGUAUUGCUAGAAAUUUAUUGGACAUAUCAGCAUACACAUGGCCUGGCUAUGUGAAUGCACGGGUCAACCAAAUUCCCCGUGUAUCUGGACAAGUUACUGGUUGGUCAUCAUUAAUGAAAGGUUCCCCACUUACUUCUGCAUUGGUGAAUGCUCUGGUUUCCUGCCCUGCUUCAAGCUUAGCAGAGAUAGAGAAAAUAUAUGAGAUUGCAGUUGGCGGAUCAGAUGAUGAGAAGAUAUCUGCUGCCACAAUUCUCUGUGGGGCAUCGCUUAUUCGUGGUUGGAAUGUGCAGGAACACACUGUCCUAUUUCUUUUAAGGUUGCUGUCACCUCCCAUUCCAGCAGAGUAUUCUGGAAGUGAGAGUCAUUUGAUUAGUUAUGGGCCAUUCUUGAAUGUUCUCCUUAUUGGCAUAGCAACAGUUGACAUUGUGCAGAUCUUUUCACUCCAUGGAUUGGUUCCACAUCUUGCUGGAGAACUGAUGCCCAUUUGUGAGGUUUUUGGAUCUUAUUCUCCAAAAAUAUCAUGGACUCUUUCGACAGGAGAGGAAAUAAAUUCUCAUGCAGUGUUCUCUAAUGCAUUUACUCUUCUUUUGAAACUGUGGUGUUUUGAUCAUACGCCUAUUGAGCAAGCCUUGGGUGAUGUGCCAUCAGUGGCAUCCCAGCUAAGUCCAGAGUACCUUCUCCUGGUGAGGAACUCCCAGCUAGCAUCAUGUGGCAGUGCAGCAAAAGAUCAGAGUAGAUACCAGAGAAUUUCCAAGUUGAUAACUCUACCCUCCACUGAACCCAUAUUUAUGGAUUCUUUUCCUAAAUUAAAAUGUUGGUAUAGACAGCAUCAAGCUUGCAUUGCCUCCCCACUUUCUGGUCUUACGCCAGGCACCCCCGUUCAUCAAAUUGUUGAGGCUCUUUUAACUAUGCUCUUUAAGAAAAUGAAUAGAGGUACAGCUUCUGGAAGUAGCAGUUCGUCUGGUUCAUCUAUGGAAGAGGCUGUACUACGGCUGCAACUACCUGCAUGGGAUAUUUUAGAAGCUCUUCCCUUUGUUCUAGAUGCGGCUUUAACAGCAUGUGCUUAUGAUAAGUUGUCUCCACGUGACCUAGCCACAGGGCUCAAGGAUCUUGCUGACUUUCUUCCAGCGUCUUUGGCAAGCAUAUUGAGCUACUUCACAGCCGAAGUAACUAGGGGAGUCUGGAAGCCAGUUUCUAUGAAUGGAACUGAUUGGCCAAGUCCUGCGGCUAAUUUAUCCAUGGUUGAACAACAAAUACAUAAAGUUUUGGCUACCACCGGCAUUGAUGUUCCCAGUCUUGCUACAGUGGGUAACUCUAUUCCUACACUUCCUCUACCAUUAGCUGCAUUGCUGAGCCUCACCAUAACUUACAAAAUUGAUAAAGCCAAUGAACGUUAUUUGAACUUGGUUGGUAGGGGAGUGGUCGUACUUGCAGCUUGCUGUCCUUGGCCUUGCAUGCCUAUUGUAGCAGCUCUCUGGGCUCAAAAGGCCAAGCGCUGGAGUGACUUCCUUAUCCAUUCUGCCUCACGCGCUGUCUUCAACCUCAACAAUGAUGCUGUGGUACAGCUUCUGAGAAGCUGUUUUUCUUCGGUCUUGGGGUUUAAUGCAUCCCCUAGAUGUCGAAAUGGAGGUGUGGGUGCUCUCCUUGGACAUGGAUUUGGUUCCGGUUAUUCCAAUGGGAUGUCCCCUGUUGCUCCUGGUAUCUUUUACCUACGCGUGUCUCCAUUCAUCAGGAACAUCACUUUUGUGGCAGAAGAAAUUGUCUCUCUUCUGAUGAUGUCAGUGAAAGGUAUUGCGACUGGUGGUUUAUCCAAUGAGACUAUAGGAAAAUUAAAGAAAUGCAAAUUUGGAAUGAGAUACAGACAAGUUUCUCUCACUUCUGCUAUGUCACGUGUCAAGCUUGCUGCUUCAGUUGGGGCUUCCUUUGUCUGGAUAUCUGGGGGAAUAAAUCUACUGCAAACUUUGCUUAAAGAAAUGUUACCCUCAUGGUUUAUAUCAACCCAGAGGACAGUUGACAUUGGAGAAUCAGGGAGUGUUGUUGCAACAUUAAGUGGUUAUGCACUGGCUUACUUUGCAGUUCUUUGUGGGCUAUUUGCCUGGGGCGUUGAUGCAGCAUCAUCAGCCUCAAAAUUGAGAUCCAAGGUCCUUGCUUCCCACCUUGAAUUUAUGGCUACUGCUCUUGAAGGAAAGAUUUCCCUUGGAUGUGAAUUGGCCACUUGGAGGGCUUAUGUGUCAGGAUUUUUGGGUUUGUUGGUGAGGUGCAUCCCUGCAUGGUUGCAAGAAAUUGACGUGCAUAUUUUGAAGAGCUUGAGCAAGGGUUUGAGGCUGUGGAAUGAAGAAGAAUUGGCUGUCGCUUUGGUGGGUGUUAGUGGUAUAAAUGCAAUGGGUGCUGCUGCUGAGAUGAUCAUUGAAAGUGCCUGAUAAGUUUCACAUAGUUUCUAUUCAGAACUAAUUUCUGGUCUCAAAUAGCUGUGUACAACUUAGCUUCAUCAUUCAGAAGCAUUAUCUUCGAUCUCGCUUGAUGUAUACCUGCUAGCCAUUUAACUCAUUUUCCUUAAAUAUUUUUCCCCUGAAAAGUGUAAAGUUGUAGCCCUUGUAGGAAGUGAAAGAAAGUAAGGGCAACUGAAUAUAUUAGCUUAUUUACUGAUAAUGUAGGCAUUUUCUGAUCAGUUGAGUAAAUAAAUACAGGAAAAAUGUGCACAAAAUGAACGCUUGUAAUAUUAACCUUGCAGCCAAAUGCAAGCUAAGAUGUAGUACUUGAAGUUA